AUGACGUGCGAGGAAUGUGCUCAGUGCAUGCAGGAGAGCUUGAGGACACUGGAGGGGGUGCACUCGGUCUCGGUGAACCUCGGCGCGCAGCUUGUCGAGGUGGACGUGGACGCGACCGAUGUGACUGCGGCAUUUCGCAUCGAGCAGAGGGUGACGUCGAUGGGCUACAGAGUGCAGUCUGUCGUACUGCCGUCGCUCGAGGCACCGGGGCCAGAAGGGACACAAUUCUCACCACUGCCUCCCCCUUUGCGUCCUAGUGUGACGAGCCUCUCGCACGUCCCCGCGCACGCCUCCGUGUUCGCAUGCUGUACAUCGAAGCUGCAGCGGCUCAGCAAGACGCCCGAGUCGAUGGCAAGGAGUUCAUUGGGACAGCAUGGCGCCUCGGCCCCUUUCUCUCGCCGCUUCCGCCGGGUGCCGUGCGGCUGCGGUGGACGCGGGUGCAUGUGUGCCUACGGACCAGAGCCGGAGAUGAUGACGGAGGAGACUCACCUGCUUCGCAAAGAUGACUUGGAGGAGUGCCUGUCGGAGAAGGCUAGUGUGCCGUCAUCGAUGGACAUCACCGUGCCGGUUGUCCAGGCUCGCGCCUCAGAGUGGCUUCGCGCUCCUAUGGCUGUCCGUGCGAUGCCGAAGGCAGCCGCGGUGGAAGCAACGACGAACCUCUUGAUCGAAGGCAUGUCGUGCACGUCUUGCGCCGCUCGCAUUGAGGCAAAGCUCAAACAACUCGAUGGUGUUCUCGGCGCGUCUGUGAAUUUCUCAGCCAUGAGUGGGCAGGUGCUGCACAACCCGACUCUCGCACCACUCGAGAAGGUUGUGGGCUGCGUAGCUGACAUGGGCUACACCGUAACGGCACAGGACACAACCGCCCUACUCAGCACUGCUGACGGCGAGACACCACAGCAGGGAGAAUGCACCUGCAGCACAAACCUGCGAGCGAUUCCGGUGCAUGUGGGGAGCGUCAUGUCAGGUUAUGAGCAUCGCCUAGUUGUUCAAGGUAUGUCAUGUGCCUCCUGUGCAACUCGAAUCGAGCACACCUUGCUGCAGAUGCCCACUGUCCUGAGCUGUACCGUCUCCUUCGCCAUGGGCACCGCAGUCAUCACGACGCGCACUCCUGGCGACCACACAGACGCAGUCAAGAUGGUGCGAUCGAUGGGAUACGUUGUGAUGGACACAGCGCUGCUGGAGCUCGACUCGUCCAUUAGCCGCACUCGUGAGGCGCUGGAGCGCACGCGCGAAAUCACUGAACAUGAGCGCAACCUGAUGGGCAGCGCACUGCUGAGCGUGCCACUCGCCGUGGUGAUGGUCUUGAUGAUGUUCAUGGACAUCAUGGCGUGGCCACUGCUGGCACGUAUCAUCAAUGGAAUGCAGUUCUGUACCGCCACCCUGAUUGUCUUCCACUAUGGCCGAGGCUUCUUCCUCAGCGCGUGGCGCAGCUGGCAGCACGGCGCCUACACGAUGGACACUCUUGUUGCCAUUGGUACCGGCUGCACAUACGUCUACUCCCUCGUUGUCUACCUGCUUACGCUGUUUGUGUACCCGCAGGCGCGUAUGAUGACGUACUUCGACACAGCAGGGAUGCUCACAACCUUCAUGCUACUCGGUCGUUUCCUUGAGGCACGGGCAAAGCGCAGCACAAGUGGCGCGCUCAUUGAGUUGAUGGGCCUCAUGCCGACUACAGCCGUGUGUGUGCAGCCGGACGGGAGUGAGGUGCGAGUGAGCCUAUCGAAGCUACAGAAGGGCGCCCUCGUACGUGUGCUGGCUGGCGAUCGUGUCCCGGUCGACGGCACUGUCCUAGAAGGCAGCUCCGAGUUGGACGAGCAGAUGGUAACAGGCGAGUCGCUGUGGAAGACGAAGGGGCCUGGCGAAGAGGUGGUUGGCGGCACACUCAAUCUCACCGCAUCGCUGCUCAUCCGCGCGGACAAGGUCGGGGAAGAGACGAUGAUUGCGCAGGUGCUGCGCAUUGUGCAGGAGGCGCAACACACGAAGCCGUCUAUGCAGCGUGCCGCCGAUCGGAUUGCCAGGUCAUUUGUGCCCUUUGUUCUCGUUUUCUCUCUGGUGACGCUCGGUGUGUGGCUCGUGCUCGGUGCGACAGACGCGUACCCGGCGUCGUGGCGCGAGGCGGAGACAAGCUGGCAGGCAUUCGCCUUCAACUUCUUUAUCUCGACUGUUGUUGCCGCCUGUCCGUGCGCACUGGGGCUCGCCACUCCAACAGCGAUCAUGGUGGGUACCGGCGUGGGAGCGAAGAACGGGGUGCUGGUGAAGAGCGGCGCUAUGCUGGAGGAGGUGCGGCGUGUGAACUGCGUUGUGCUCGACAAGACGGGUACCAUCACCAAGGGUCGCCUGGAGGUGGUUCGGACGCACACCACCAUGUCGGGUUUGGCGUCGCCUCCAAUGAUGGCCGCGCAGCUUCAUGACAGCUUGGAUGCCGCUUUGGUACGCUACCUUGUUGGGCUCGUGGAGGCGCAGUCAAACCACCCAGUCGCGAAGGCGGUCAGCGCCAAGCUACUGGCGGAGACCGAAGACAGUGCCAACGCGGUGCCGCGCCGCGCCCGCUAUGAGGUGUCUUCCGUUGUGACGCAUGGCGGCAGGGGUGUGGAGGCCUCAGUGUCCGUGACACCAGCGAGCGACAAUAGUCACGAGCUCUCUUCCGUGCCACCGCCGCCGCGAGUGUACUGUCUCCUCGUGGGUAAUGUGGCGUUUCUGCGUGCGCAUGGCGUUCUGCUAGCCCCUGAGUUAGCCCAACUCGUUGAGGAGGAGAACGGACGUGGUCUCACAACUGUUGUUGCGUCAGUCAACGGCGCAGCGUGCGUUGUCGUCAGCCUUGCUGACGAGCCGAAGCGUGAGGCGCACGGUGUCAUCCGCUAUCUGCAGAAGACUGGAAUUCGUGUGUUGAUGGUGACGGGCGACAACGCCGGCGUGGCGGGCCGGAUUGCGGCCGAGACUGGCAUUCACUCGAAAGACGUGUGCGCUGAGGCACUUCCGACCACCAAGGCGAACAUUGUGAAGGAGCUGCAGGAGAGAGGGUCUCGGGUGAUGUUCGUCGGCGAUGGCAUCAAUGACAGCCCCGCCUUGGCCCAGGCCAAUGUGGGAGUGGCCCUCGGUGCUGGCACUGAAGUGGCGAUCGAGGCGGCCGACGCAGUGCUCGUACGCGAUAGCCUUGUGGAUCUACUGAACUUGCGCUCUCUCUCAUGUGUCACCGUGCGUCGCAUCUACGGCAACUUCUUCUGGGCUUUCGGCUACAAUCUGCUGAUGCUUCCCACUGCCAGCGGGCUACUGUACCCUUUCUUUCGAAUUCAACUUCCUCCCGUCACGGCAGGUGCGGCGAUGAUACUGUCCAGCCUCAGCGUGCUGAUGUCGAGCCUAUCCAUCCGCUACUUCCGCGCACAUCGUGAGCGCGACUUCUAUCUCGAGUGA